AAUAAAUUAGUAUUUAUUCCAAAGGGUUCUGCUUUAUUAAAUCAUCUUUAUACAUAGCAUAGGAUUAGAUGCUGUGGGGGUAGACAGAAGUGUAAGAAACAGCAAGCUUUCUUUAGAACAAUCUUCAAUUUACAUAGCUUUUCAGGAAUACAGCUGUUAUGACAAUUUACAAUGGCAGUAAGUAAAAUUAAUAAGGCAUUGUAGAUACUCAGUCUUUAUAGCUAUUGAUUUAUUUGUGUGUUUACCAAAGUUUUCUGAUCAGUUUCACUACCAUUGGGAGAAUGUGACAGGUUUUUGUGAAAGAUGUUAAAAAUACAUCCUGAAGGUAAGAGAAGGUAAACUGAAUUCAGACUAUGAGGAAGAUUCUGAAUAUUUACCUAUGGUCUCCAGGAAAACUCGACCAUAUCAUUGUGGGUUAUAAGUAGUGAGAUCUUAAUGUUUUGAUAAAUGUCUAACUCACACCUUGGUUUACCCAGACCCAAUAAAUCCAGGAAUGUUCUAUGAAUGUUACCCUGUGGUCAGUCUGCCCUAAACUCCUCCCAGGUAAAUGGCUUGCUCUUAAUUCAACUCCUUUGGAACAAAAGGCACUAACUAAUUCAUUACUGAACUUGAUGAGUUUCCUGUAGUCCCUGGGGAAGAGCUGGUACUUUUCCAUUGAGUUAGUGAACCUCAAAAUGGGUGGGGGAUGGUGAUAGAGGUGGAGAGGGAGGAUUGUUAGGGCCUACCCAGGAAAGUUAACCUAGUAUAGUACAAAGAACACUUGUAAAUUAGUGACCAGGCCAUCCAUAUCUCUUGGUCUACUUACUAGUGAUUUUGCAUCAUGCCUAUAAUUUGACUCAGGAAGUCUAUAUGAAUGUUUAUAGUUAUUUACUAUAUAUAUUUAACCUUUUUAGGUAAUGGGAGUGAGGGUGGGGAAGAGCACAUAAAAAAACAAAAACAAAAACAAAAAAACGACCUGCUAACAUCAUGCAUGGAUUCCUAUUUAAUCUUGAUCUAGGAUUCAACAUUACUCUUCUCAACUCUUACCCUAACUCCCAGAAGCUUAGAGGAUUUCUUGGACACCCAAAAGGAAAAUACUCAGCAAUGUGGGAGGGAAAGAAGAAAAAUAGUAUGUCCACCCGUGGGGCAGGAAUGAGCAGUGAGGUGCCUCCCCUUCAAAUACUGCCUUUGUGUGACCUUAGCAAGGCAGGUAAAUUAAGGGUUUAGAUCAGAUAGUCUUUCAGGUUCCUUCCUUCUGGCUCUAUAUGAUCUUAUGAAUUAAAAUUUAAAAAUUAGAUUGAGUAGCUUAAUCGAAGAAGACAGAAAAUAGACUUUCUGGAUCCUAACAAGUAGAAACUUAACACUCCAUUUGCUUAGGUUGACUAAUGGUCCACUUAAACUUUCCCCAAAACAUAUUCAUAUACUUUAGAGAAAAAUACAAGGUUCAAAACUAAAAAAUUGUUCAGAACAGUUACAUGUCAAGUCUAAUGGGCUUUUAUUAGUCAUACUUCUAAAAAGAUAUUUUGUUAAGUGAAAAUAGGCCUUCCUAUCAUUAAGAAUCACGAAUUUUAUAUGGAACCAUGAAUAUAUGGAUAAAUUCAGUUCCAACACGGAUAAACCAAUUUAGAAUGAUAAUAUAACAAGAUCUUACGAAUCUUGGAAUUAAAGUUUUGCUUUUAUAUACUUCAGAUAUCAUUUAAAGGCAUAACUGGUAAAACAGUUUCAUUUUUCACCAUAGUACACUGCAGCAAUGCCCCUUUAAAGUUUUCAGGGAAAUAAAAGUGGGAAUCAUCUUAAAUUUUUGCUCUAGUGAAGUUCGUUGACGCCCAAAGCUAUGUCCUGUUCUAUAUUCUUUUUUCCCCCUGUUCUAUAUUCUUAAUGUUAAAAUGCCUCCUCUGAGGCAUAUAUAAAUAGCUAUGCCCGUAGAAAGGUAGGUCAAUUUCUUUUGAAGUGUUGUUAAAGGAAAAAAAAGUGAAUGUUCCACUCCCCCCCAACCCCCCCCCCCACCUACGUGGAAGUGAUGAAGAGGGAGAAAUUUGGAAAGAGUCCCAUUAAAUCUCUGGAAAUAAACUGUAAGGGCUUUCUUUUGAAGGGGCUAAGGCAGAAAUUAUGCAUUUUAGUUUUGUUUUUCCAAGACACCAAAGAAAGGGAAGAAAAAUAAUGUAAAUUUCUACAUUUCAAGAUGACAAGAUGUUCUUAUUGGCAGUCGAAUACCAAACUGGCUUCAUCUGAAAUUCUCUAUCGUAUAUUUUGUCUUGCAGUUCUGUAUACUUAGUAGUGGGGUUGGGGUGUUUAAAAAGGCCCCGGGAAUUUGAAGACACAGUGGAGGAACAUAGUUUAUUAUUUACAAAGCACCUACACACACAUUUUCCUAUUUAAGCCUUGAACAACCCGAUUAACUGGCCGCGCUCCAGAAGCAGUGUACUCCGUUUUAGAAACGGGCAAAACCCACGACUUCUGGGAGGUAACUAAGUCCCUAAGAGACAGAGCAAAAUCCAAACCCAGGUCUUUCGGCCGAUGCCAAGCAGCGGCUGGUGGGGGCUGCAAGUAGAACAUAAAGGGGGGAUUCUCUGAGCCCUGCAGAUCACGAUGGUGUGUCUCUGUGACGACUCGCCAACCCACGCCUCCUAUGUAAGAAUCAGGGGUCAUAGCAGCGUCCUGAAGCAUGGAGUCCAAGGACGAGGAGUUGGUGCUCUUAGAAGACGCUGAGGCUACUGCUGCUGUUGUGGCCGCCGCCGCCCCAAUUGCACCGCCACGCCCUUGCAUCCGCCAGAGAUGCCGCAAACCGCGCAAAAAAGUCGGCUUUGGGCGGGGGGUCGGCCUGGGCACGUCGUUCAAGCGCGCGGUGCAGGCUGUUUCCAAAGGCUCCAGGGACCCUGGGCCAGGCGCCCUGCCCGGCCGGACCUUCUUGCCCCCACUGGGGAACGGAGAAGGGAGUGAGCGUGGGGGGCGGGGAUUCCCCAGCACACCCCGAACUCCCGAGGCCAGCUCGAGAAAGGAGCGGUUGAACGUUCUGAUUCCUUUAUCCCCACCAAUAGGGAGAUGGUACUGGGAUCAUGAGACCAACACUCUUAAAUUAAAAAGUCCUAUGCCUGCAUCAGAUACCAAAGACAAACUCAAGAAGGGCAAAUCAAUUCACUUUGUUGAAAAUGAUGGCACCGCCUCAGAAAGGUUAUCUGAGAAGAGAUUUACUAAAAGAGAUGAGAAAUCAACCAAAGGAACUGAUAAACGAUCAAAGAAUGACAAGGUUACUCUGGAUGAUGCUAAAUAUGUUGCUUUGUUUUUAUUACAAGACACUGAAAUGCAGCGUAUCUAUUCCUUUACAACAUUUAUGAGGAAUAAGAAUCUUGAUGAAUUUCUCAUGGCAUUGUUAUACUACUUGUCUCAUUAUCUGGAAAAAAUUUCAUUGGAAAAGAAACCCAAAAGCUACAUGGCGAGCCAUAUAGAGAAAAAGGAGAUGGAGUUAGUUAUUGAGAGGUUACAAGAGUCACAGAAAUACCUUGCGCAGAAAUAUUGUAUCCUUGUUUUAGGUUUGGGAAUGCCUGACAAGCAUCACAUGGCAUGUGGAAAGGAAAAAGUUUCAGACACGCAAAAAGACUGGAAGUUCUUUGAGGCCUUCUUCACCUUCUGUACAUACGUGGCUUGGGUAGUCUUCCGACGUGAGUACCUAAGAGAGAUUGAUGAAGAAAUCGGUAGGCUCUUCCGAACUAAUAUGUUCAAUAGUGCAAGAAGGAGGCGGGAGGAUGAAGAAUCUGGUGAGGAAAAGAGAAGAAUGACUUUUGUGCAAUUCAGGAGGAUGAUGGCCAAACGUCCUGCAAUAAAAACAACUAUACAUAUGCGCUCUCCAGCCUUAUCUACUCUUCUGCCCUCCCCUAAAGAGCAUGCUCAGCAUCUUUUUGAGAAGAGCCGUGGCCGUAUAAGUGGCCCCCAACAGUCCGACGAAAAAGAAUUGGUCAGCUAUGACUCAGUCGCCAUGCCAGUAGUUGGCAUCUUAGGGGAACCUCGAAGUCUGUUCAACACCUCUACCCUCCUCCCCAGUGAACAAGAACAGAACCCAGAGCCUACAAAGAGAAAUGCUUCUCUGAUAACUGAAAAUAAUGCCAAGGUUCAAGAGACAUUAGAGUUAGCUAUGAAAGCACUAGGUCCUCUAGGAGUAUUGAUUAAAUAACUGCUGUUCCUUUCGAUAAUUUGGUUCCAAUAGAAGUAAAUUAUUUUGAUUUGCUAACUUCAAGCAUGUGAUUCUGAUGUCUCCUUAUUUUUGUAAUCAGAUUAAAAAAAUUUAAACCUCACUAGAUGUCCCAAGAACUACAGUGUGUAAGAUAGUGGUUAUAAGAGCAUGCCAGAGAAAGAAAGCAAAUUUUUGACUGAAAUUUUUUCCUAGUUCUUCCAGAGAGCAAUUGAGAUGGACUUAUUUAAACCUAUGUUUCGAGAAUUUUAUUAGCUAUUUGUUGACUUUCAUAAUUAUUUUGUGAUUAUUUAGAGUACCACAUUUGGAAGUUUGAUAAAUGUAAUGAUAAGGGCAAUUUUAUUAUUGUUUCACGGUGAGUAAUUUCUUUUGAAUAUAUAUAUUUUAUUUUUUCUUAUGAACAAAAUAAUUGAAUUAUUAAAUAAGCUAAAAUAGACUAAUUUUUAAUAUUAAAAUUAUUUCUCUGUUAUACCUUUGUUUGAAAGUCAUUG